UCCCCCGCGCCCUUUACAUCAAAAGCAACACUAAAGUAUUGGCAUGUAGUAUGACUCCUCUGUCUUGGCUUAUAAAGGUCGUGAGAAAUAUUGUAAUUGAGAUAUAAACAAAGAACUACCAACAUCAUAUACAUCAUCAACAUUGGCCGACCAUGUCCAACGACCUCGCCACACAGCUCAAGGCUCUCCACAAGCCUUCAUCACCAGUUGUCUUCCCGAAUAUCUGGGACGUUGCUUCGUUCCAAACUGUUACGUCCCUCAACAAUGGGACUUCUAAGCCAGUCAAGGCUCUAGCGACGGCGUCUUGGGCUGUUGCAGCGACAUACGGUAUCCAGGAUGAGGAGCUCACCCUAGAGCAGAAUAUGGAAGCGAUUAGCAAGGUUGCACCGCUCGCCAAAGCGGCUGGCAUUCCGUUGUCUGCCGAUUUGCAGGAUGGAUAUGGGUCUCAGAUUGAGUCUACUGUCAAGCGAGCCGUUGAGCUUGGUGUUGUUGGCGCCAACAUCGAGGAUGUGAGCUCUGAAACUGGCGAAUUCUAUCCUAUCGACGAACAAGUUCAACGUCUUAAGACGGCUCUCAAAGCUGCCUCUGACGCCGGUUGUCCCGAUUUUGUCAUUAAUGCACGAUGCGACACCUUCCAUGUCGACACAGGCCUCUCAGAAGCUGAGGCGAUGAAAGAAGCUAUCAAACGUGGAAAAGCGUACCUUGAAGCCGGUGCGACAACCGUGUUUUACUGGGGUGGAUCAGGACGGGGACUACGAAAUGCAUGGGUUGAGACCUUGGUGAAAGAGCUUGAUGGACGGGUUGCGGUCAAGCUGGCGCAUAGAACCAAGGAUGCGCUGUCAACUAAGGAAUUGGGUGAGCUUGGCGUUGCGAGGAUUAGUGUUGGGCCAAGUCUGUUUCUAUUGGCGCAGGCUGCUAUCAAAGAGGCUGCUGAGAGCAUCCUUAACGGUGGAAAUUUGUAGUUACACAUUCACGGUUGUACAGAAAAGUCUUUUUGACGAUAUUCCUGAUUAUUCGUUGGUGUAGCUUUGUUGCCUGUGAUGAUGUGAGGUUCACGUCGCUCAACAUUCGUCUCUUUGCAGAUCUUGGAUCAAUCUCAAACAACAUCUCUGAUGAUUCUUUUGGCCAUUCAAUCCCAGGCUCAGUUUCCUUCAGAUGGAACUUUGGUUCGACGAAACCCAACUAUACCACUUACAAUGGUUUUUACAGUUUGGGGCGGUGUUGGAUGCCUACAGGCAGCCUAAGCCUUAUGGGCCGGUGCCUGGAUCUAGAUCCAUUGACGGGCUGUGCUGCGAUCAGCACGGUCAGCAAUUGCUGCAAAUGGUCGCCGACGACAUAAUUCAGCCUAUCAGAUGAUUAUGAGAGGAUUUUUACCCGCUGUUU